AGCUCCUCCCCCACAUCUUGAUUGCCCUGUAGUUGACUUGAGUUGGACUGGAGUGUUUCCUUGUCAGCUGGGAUGGAAGGGAAGUGCCCUGGCCGUUCUCAUUCUGUCAGCUGUGUUUAUCACCUGCUACUCACUCAUUAUUUCCUGCUUGGUGAGAUGGAACCCUCGGAAACAAUUGAAGAUCACUUUUGCACUUCUUCAGUUUUUGAGACUCAAGAAAAGCCGACCAAGUUCCAAGUGAGAGUUCAGAGCACUAAUCGACUGAUGUUGCCCCCCACUCUCGAUCAGUCUGUGUAUACUGUUACUGAUAUUCUGCUUGCUGUUACAGUCAGGAGAUGUUGAAGCAAAUCCUGGACCAACGCUUGGUUCAAUUCUGACUCUCAGUGAUAUACAGUUUGUUUAUGAUAAACUGAUAAAUGCCGCUAGAAAUUGGUUGGAUUUGGGACUCGCCCUGGGAUUAAGUUAUAACACCCUCAUGAAUAUAAAAAACGAUCAUCGAGAUAAGAACCAAACUUGUCUACGUGAAAUGAUAGCUGCUCGCAUGGAAAAUGGUCCUCUCACUUAUUCUGAAAUAUGUCUGAGUCUCAGAGCACCAACAGUUGGACAGAAUGAUGUCGCUGAGGCUAUAGAGAAGGAUUGUACAGAUUGCAGCACUUUUCCUGGGCCACCUCCACACCCCCAAUCCCUCCUCGCCCCCCUGCAUAGCUCCUGUGCAAAAUUGUGUACAACAAACUCUGGACCAACUAAACCGAUAUUUGGUAAUCGUCACACAAUUCAACCAGAUGAAGCAAUACGAAAUUAUCGAUUAUAUUUAACUAGUAUUUACGAUACAAGAUCCCUUCCUGUUGAUGACAAAUAUCCUCUCGAAUGCGUUAAACAUUUUGUUAACCUAGUAUGUGCGGAUGUAUAUAAGUAAACAUUUAUCGAGAAAGAAAAUCGAAGGGUCUUGGUCACUAAUAGUCGAGGGCAAGCUGGAUAGUUUUCCUAGAGAGAGAAUCACAAUGGACCAGAUAGCUUCCAAAGUAGAGGGCAAAUUCCCAAAACUAGUGCUGAUUAAAGGGGCCCCAGGAGUUGGUAAAACAACUUUGUCGUGGGAAAUGUGCAGACGGUGGGCUAAUGGUGAACUUUGGACUAAGUACUCGCUCGUUGUACUUCUCCGACUUCGAGAUGAAGACACUCAAUCUGCUAAACACCUAACUGACCUAUUUCAAUGUGAAGAUGCAUGUGUUCCUAGUGUUGUUGAUGCUGUUACUCAGAAUCAUGGACAGGGUAUACUAUUCAUUUUAGAAGGCUUGGAUGAGUUACCGCAAUCUCUUAGAGAAAAAGAGUCCAUCUUCAGGAAGCUAAUAACUGGACGUGUUCUUCCAGGCAGUACUGUGCUUGUUACCACUAGGCCCUGGGCUGUGUGUGAUCUACCUCCUUCUUGUAGCUCAAGAAUUGAUCAGUUAAUCGAAAUCUUAGGUUUUUCCUCCAAACAAAUUCAAGAGUACAUUGAUCUAAUGAUUAAAGAUGGGGUUCCAACAGAAUUGUGUGAAUACAUUAACUCUAAUCCACGUAUCUCUAGUGCAAUGUAUAACCCUCUUCAUGCCAGAAUUGCAGUUGAAGUCUAUAUAAACAGCCACGAGAAGAAGAAUAGUGUUUUUCCUAACACAACAACCGAGCUAUACACCAAAUACUCUGAGGUUUUGAUUGAGAGAUACGUACAUGACAAUCCAAUGCACUUAGAGAGUGGUUGGAAUGGUGAGCUUAGUGAGUUACCUUCAUCACUUCAGUUAUAUUUUGAUAAGCUCUGCCAAAUCGCAUACAAUGGAAUAACAAAAGAAAAGCAACAGUUGGUUUUCUUCAAGGAUAAUAUUCUUGAUGCUAGCACUACACUCGGAUUCAUGAACAGUGUACAUCCUUUACAUAGACCAAGAAACUGUUCUCCAUCUUACAAUUUCCUUCAUCUAACUCUUCAAGAGUUCCUCGCUGCAUUUUACAUUUGUAAGAAUAUCACCCCACGCGAGCAGUUAAUCUUGUUUGAAACAAAGGCUGGUGAUGAAUCCUAUAAGAUGAUUCUAUUGUUUUUAGCUGGAUUGACUAAACUGAGUGACCCAUGGACACAGUGUGUCUUUCCGAAUCCUUACAUGUGCUAUGAGGAAGGAUCUUCAAAAGCCGAAAUAAAGUGCACAUUCUCAGAAGAUCAAAUUUUAUGGAUCUAUGAAAGCCAAAAUACACAAGUUAUGAAGUACAUGUACAACAAUGUGUUGUAUGAGUUAAGGCGAAAUGCUAGUGGGAGAAUUGAAUACUUAAUUGCACUUGGUUACAUUAUAGCUUCUGCUGAUUUCAAAGUAAUUCUAAGUAACGUGUCCUCGUUAGAUGAAAUCGAUGAAUUUGAUACAUCCACACUAGUGGAAGGUAUGAAAACAUGCUCACAGUCUUUCUCUCUAAGAGGAGUUUGAUUCUAGGAGUAUGGAUCUCAGCACAUUUAAGGUAUGCUGUGAUGGUGAGCCCAUAUCUCUGCAAGUGAAGGGGAGCAGUAUUCUGGCUUGCUUUAAGAGCAUGGUGUUUACAUCAAACAUCCAUCCUAGGCAGUGGUGGCCUACUGAGCUUGCACCAGCAAAAGCAGCUAUCAUGAGAAGAUUGAAGAUUGUUAUGUGUUCUGGCCUUUCAUAUGAUCAGAUAUAUGAGAAGUGUAUCAGCCAUUUUCAAGGUGAUCCUACUAUUAUACUGCCUGCUGAUGCUCCUGAGAUACCUGUGUAUUGCCCUCCUGUUGAUCCUGUACUUGCUGCUGAUGUUAGUGAAAGUGAUACAUCCUGUGAUAGUGAUAGUGAUAUGCUUUUCCUAUGUGUGAAGCUGAUGGAACAAUCAUAUAACACUUAACUUUAUGAACUAUAACUUAUCCUUAAGUUUGUAUAUAAUAAGCUGCAUUUUGCAUAUUGAUACUACAUUAAUAUUUCUGCUGUUGAACUCUCAUUAUGCCUGGAGCAAAGUACUUCUCUGUUGUAGUAGCUAAAGCUGCUACCUGUUCUCCUGAUGAGCUGGCUCAGAUACUUGAAGGCCACCAAUCAGCCUUCUGUGAGAGUGAUACACCUUUUAAUGAAAGGCCUUUUGGUAGAAGAUACACCUGGGGUGUAGGUGCUCAGACUAAGACUGUCUCUACAGUUGCUCAUGGAGUUCAGAAGAUUCCAUUCACUGUGCUUACUCUCAUGUCUAUGUAUCCUAUCAGGAGGGCUAAACUCAGAGGUGAUCUUAAUGUGAUCAUGCCAGGCUGGGAUUAUGUCUAUAGUUCUUCUAAUGAUACUUCUAAGAAGGAUGCUGCUCUUGCAUUUAAGAAGUAUUGCUGCUCUGGAGCACCUAUCAUUGAGAGUAUGUUUUGGGAGGAGAAUGUGCUGGAGAUCAGUGAGCAGAUAGCAGCUCACUACAGAAGGUUUACCUCUGCUGCAUCUACAGCUAACAGUGGCUUAGCAUCUAUGUUUGAUGCUGCAUGCUCUUCUACUAA